UUGACUGAGGCCAGGUCUAGUGAAAGUAGGAGGCGAGUGCACCUAUGUAGUUACAAAGUUACUCAUUGACUUGUCCUUCGCAACAUGAUUGAGGUGAACGCACCCCUUUCAGACUCCAUUUUAUAGCAAAGGUGAAAACAAAUGUUCAGUGACAAUGCUGCUUCAAUGUGAGCUAUAAGGAAGAGGGUCAUUUCCGCACCUGAGUUUCAGGUACAUAUUGACCAGGCUGACCAGGCAGGAUGUUGUGGUGAGGUCCAGUUACAUUACAAUGGAGAAGUAGAGCGCUAAAAAAGGAAGUAGGGAACCAUGGGGUCCUGGGGCCCCGGUCUGUGUGUGGUUUUGUGUUUCUGGGGAACAGUUAGUUGGAACACACUUCACGGUCACAUUGUUGGCCCGUGUACUGUCAAUACUGGCACGGCAUCAUUUAACUGCAGUUGGAGGAAACUGGCCCAUAUUCCAACAGAGAUAUGGAACAAUGCAACCGCACUGGACCUCUCUCAUAACCACCUGAACCUUACUAACCCUCAACACCUCAGACAACUACAGAGGUUGGAUCAGCUGGUUAACCUAAAUCUCUCAGGAAACUACCUCCCUCUGCUGGAAAAAGGCCACUUCUGCAGCCUGCCCUUCCUGCAGAUACUAGACCUCAGUGGUUGCCAACUGACCUCCAUGGAGGCUGGAGCUCUGCAGGGUUUACCCAGGUUAGGGAAGCUGUUUCUGGGGCACAACAUACUGCAAGCCCCCCUGUCUGUUUCUGCUCAAACUAUAUCCUUCCUGGAUCUCAAUGGGAACCAAGAGCUUGACCAUGGCUCUGAUGAUAUGUCGACAGGAAUUAGAAGACCAUUCCAUAGGAAACUGUUAACAGAGGUCAUUGAACAUCCCAGCCCAACUCCAGCUAACUCAAUGACUACAACUAAUGGCAGUGAGGAUGGUGGUCAGAGCCGUUUCUCCAAAAGCUGGCAGUACCUGGUAGCAGUACUGGUGACGGCCAUCUCCCUCUCCCUCCUCAUCGCUGUCCUGGCCAAAUGCCAGCUGGUCCGCCGCUACCUGGCCAGUUACCGUCACACCCGGCUGAUCGAGGGGGACACAGCCAGCCAGUGUGACCCCAACAGCCUGGAGGUAGGCUUCUCCAUGCACAACCAUGGGGGACAGGCACGGAGCACCCACCCUGCUGCUGUCCCCCAGGGAGAGAUGUACAUGGAGGAUGAGGAGGAUGAUGAUGAUGGCUUCAUAGAGGAUAACUACAUACAAGCCAGCGAGAGGGAGAGGGCUAAGAGGGCACUGGAACUGCAGGAGGAGGAGGAGGAUGACAUGGUAUUUUCCAUUGGCUAGAAGAGGUGGAAUGGGAGGGGAGAAAGAGGGUCGAGAGAAAUUAGAGAGAAAGACAGACAGACAUACAUACAGAGAGAGAGAGAGAGGUUACUGUAGCCAAUUUGGACACUGAUUAGGGCCAAUGCUGAUAUUAAAUAUAUGCAUGUUGUCAUGACGUUGGCCUGGGGGUAGGUUUAUGAUAGUCAUAAAUACCUCUUCCCCCUUUUUCCUCUCUCUACCCUACUGAUGUUACAUUUGCAAAACCCUUGGUUAACAUAGAGAUUCUGGGAAC